UUGAAGGCAGGCCUGUAUGUAUAUGUAGGAAGAUUCAGGACUGCUUGGAUUUCUUUUGUUUCAUUUCUCUGGCUCUUAGCCUCAAAAGAUAGGUUUUAUUAUCUGUGCAAAAGGUAUCAGGAAUAUUUGAAUUGCUUGGAGGCAGAAUCAUGAAAUUGGAGUUGCCAGACAGAUUUGAAGAUGUUGCUGUUGGAUUUUCAAGAGAGGAGUGGGACCUGCUGAGUGACCAGGAGAAAGACCUGCACAGGGAGGUGAUGGUACAGAACUACGAGAACAUGAUUUCUGUAGGAUACAACAUUCCAGUGGAGCACCUUUGGUCACUUAUUAUGAAAUAUGAGACAAUCACGUCUGGUGACAUUGAAGGAGGAAUGAUGGCACCACUAAAACAGCUUCCUGGUUACAGUUCUGGUGGAUAUAACAUCCCAGUGGAGGACAUUUUGUCACUUAUUAUGAAAGAUGAAACUGUUCCAUCUGUUGACACUGAAGAGGGAAUGGUGGUGCCCCAAAAGCAUCUUCCUGGUUACGGUUUUAACAUCAACAGAAAUACACAUUUCAGAGAGUUUCAUCGUCAACAGUUAUUGCAUGGAAAAUAUGCCAAUUCUGAAUGCCAAAAAGCUUUGAAGGAUAAGCUAUGUGGAACAAGAGAUGAACUUCUGCAGACUGGAAAGCAAUGUCAUAACUGUGUGGAAAGCACUACUAGUGUUAUUUGGAAAACUGAACUAGAAAUGUGUCUGAAAUCUCAUUGUGAUGGAAAGCCAUAUAAAUGGCUUAAUUGCAAUAGCAAUUUUACUGUCUCUCAUGACCUAUUAACUCAUCCUGGGAAAAGUCAAAAUAAUACCUUUGAAACACAUGAACAAGCUUUCAACAGUGAGAAACUUUAUGAAUGUGUCACUUAUGUCAGUGAGAGAAACUGUAAACGCCACAUGUGUACCAUAUGUAGCAAAGAUUUCACAACAAAAACAAGCCUGACCAGGCAUCAGUAUGUCCACACAAAACAAAAGCCAUAUCAUUGUGCUGUAUGUGACAAAGCAUUUACGCAGAAGUCUAGUAUGAAACUGCAUCAAUAUAUCCACACUAAGCAAAAACCAUACAAAUGUACUGUAUGUGACAAGAGUUUCACACAGAAAAGUAACAUGAUUAAGCAUCAGUAUAUCCAUACUAAACAAAAACCAUAUAAAUGUGUUGUGUGUGGCAAGAAUUUUUCACAGAAGAGUAAUAUGAUACAACAUCAGUUUACUCAUGUGGGACAAAGGCCGUAUAAGUGCACUAUAUGUGACAAAAAUUUUAGAUAUAAGAACAUUAUGGCAAGGCAUCAGAUCAUCCACACAGGUCAAAAACCCUAUAAAUGUGUGACUUGUGGUAAGGGUUUUACACAAAAGGGUACCCUGAGGAAACAUCAGUAUAUCCACAGUGGUGACAAGCCCUACAAAUGCACUUUGUGUGACAAGAGUUUUAGACACAAGAGUUCUGUAGUUACUCAUCAGAGUGUCCACACAGGGCAAAAACCCUAUAAAUGCAUGAUAUGUGAGAAGAGAUUCAGUCGGAAAAGAAAUAAAUUAAUGCAUCAGCUGCUUCACAGUGGACAAGCACCAUAUAAGUGUACUACGUGUGAGAAGGGGUUUACAGAUAAGGGAAGCUUGAGAAGGCAUCAGAUUGUCCACACUGAGCAGAAACCAUAUAACUGCCCCUUGUGUGGCAAGGGUUUUAGGCAGAAAAUUAAUAUGAUAAGUCAUCAAAGCAUCCACAUGCAAGAGAAUCCAUAUAAAUGUGCCACAUGUGGCAAGGGUUUUACGUUGAAGUCUAGCAUGGAAAAACAUGAAUAUAUUCACAGUGAACAAAAACCAUAUAAAUGUACUACAUGUAACAAGGGUUUCACACAAAAGACAAACUUGUUGCAACAUCAGUAUGUCCACAGUGAACAAAAACCGUAUACAUGUGCUGAAUGUGGCAAGGGGUUUGCAAGUAAAAGAAGUUUCCUAGUGCAUCAGGUCACUCACACUGGGGUGAAACCGUACAAAUGUUCUACCUGUGACAAGAGUUUUACUCAGAAGUCAAGCAUGGAAAAACAUAAGAUUGUCCACACUGAGCAAAAACCAUAUAAAUGUGCUAUAUGUGACAGGAGUUUUACAUGGAAGGCAGCUUUGGUAAAACAUGAGUACAUCCACACUGAACAAAAACCUUUCAAAUGUGUUGUAUGUGACAAGGGUUUUGCACAAAAAGGUAACAUGAUACGACAUCAGUAUGUCCACACAAAACAGAAAACAUAUAAAUGCGUUGUAUGUGACAUGAGUUUUACAAAGAAAGCUAGCAUGUUAAAGCAUCAAUACAUUCACAUUAACCAAAACCAAUAGAAAUGUGUUACUUGUGAGAGGGGUUUUGCACACAAGGCUCAAAUGAUACCACAUCAGUCUGCCCAUUAGAGAGAUGGAAUUAGUGCAAAACAGAAAUUAGAUGUUGGUUAGAACUGAGUUCAUCCUGAAGCCCUGGUAGGUACCUUCACAUGGUGGACCCCAUUAUUUACUAAAGGUUGUGUGUCAGAACUGGUAACUCGGCACGUAAAAAUCCACUGCCAAACAUUAGCGGACCGGAGUUCCGCUGUGGCGACCCCUAACCGGGAUAAGUCGAAAGACACAACAAAAAGUGUCUUGCAGAAGAAGAAGUACCAAGGCAAAGCUGAUAUGUAGACUGUUGUAUAUGCUAUGGAGAAAAACUAAUAUAAAGAUGAGUUGGGUGCAUUUAUCACAGGAUACAAAGUGCCCAAACCUGGCAAAGUCAUAAGGAGUAACACUGGUAAAAAAUAGUCAAAACUCCUCUGGUGAUGAGAAAGAACUUGACAUAGUGUUAGGUCAUGAUCUAAGAGUAACUGAUCCAAGAAACACAGCUGUGGCAACAGAAAAGUACACAAAAAGUGAAAAAAUGGUAAGUCAAACAAGAGGCUUGAAAAAAUGAGACGGAUGCUUGAGAACAAAAAAAAACAUAUUGUAUUAGUUUAUGCUACAAACCUGGAGUUCACCUAAAGGGGCUACCCUGCAAGAAUAAGGGAAAAGAAAAAUGUUCAAAUGGAAGAUGCUUCUGACAUUACAGCCACCUAACAAUAAUUGUUAAAUGAGUGAGUAAAAUUAAAAGGGUAUGUGGGUAAGAAACCAUUGAGUGAAUUAGGAAAAGAUGCAAACAUUGAAGUAUUUAGAGAGAAUAAAAAAGACCACAGGUAUUUUGAACCUUAAAGAGAGAGAAUGUAAUUGGGAGAAGAAGAGAGACCUAAUAUGUUUCAGCUCAUACUCAGAAAAGAAAUCAUUCCUAACUAAUCUUUCUAAAGCAAGUCAAAUGUGUGUAUAUAUAUAUAUAUAUAUAUAUAUAUAUAUAUAUAUAUAUAUAUAUAUAUAUAUAGGAAAGAUGCCCAAAGUAGAUGUUAGUUACAAAAACAGAGUAGUAGCACAGAACUCUAGUGUAAAGAAAAGUAAAAAGUUCAGUGAUAUAGAAAAUGAAAAAAAUAUAAAAUGAAGUGAUAGAUCACCUAAGAAGUAUAAGAUUUGUAAAUGCUUUAUUAAGUGCAACAACACAGGAUGUAUACCAGAUAACUGUUUUGGUCUUUCCUUUGUGAUGUCUGAAAGUGGCCUAAAACUGUUGUUUGUAUCCUGCAUAGGCAACAUUUUAUUCUUCUUUGAGAUAUAUCAGUGAAUGCUAUUUAACUGUCUAGAAUAAUGCUGAGAUUGCCAGUUAUAGUUUUAAACAGAAUUUUAGUUUGAUAUGUGAGUUUCUUGCUACAUAUAUCAUAAACGAAACACUGUGAGUCUGUACUGGUUCCUACCUUCUCUUUAACCAUAUUCUUGGCUAUGUACUAUCUCUAUGUCCCACCUUCACUGCUUACCCUACUGUUUAACAUUACCCUGUUCUUACUGCUCAUUUCAUACUAAUAACUCUACCUUUUUCACUCCUUUCUUUAUUCUGUCUCUCUUAUACCAUUGUUGUUUGUAAAUUUUAUUUAUUUAUUUUACAUUUGUUAACCGGGAUAGCCCGACUGGAUAAGGCCCAUUUACACGGGAGGCCUGGGGAGAAAAGUUCCACAAAUUAGUUAACAUAUACUAUAAUAAAGUUUUACAGAUGUAGAAGAAACAUAGCACAGUGGCAUACAAAAUAUCAAAAAAGGAAAAAAAUGAUAAGAAUACACAUUUUUCAUCUAACUAUUCCUCUCUCCCCCUCUACAUAGGUCACACGGCAGUUAAUAACUUCCAUUUUCCAAGUUUCCUGACCAUGAACAAGCACACACUAUGACUACAACUACUGCUGCAUAUCCUUGGCUUAACUUCAGCCCUUAAAGCAUUUAAUGUAUGUAACACAAUCAUAAGUAUUUCUACCAUUCAACUUAACCUAUAAUCUCUAUUUGCACAUUACUGGGACCCUCCGGUAUCCCCUACGCCACCACAGAUUGCUCCUGCUUUUAUAGUAGCUAUUCCUCCAGUUCCACAUUCUUUCUACUGUAGCUUUCUUUUUAAUGUUGCUGUUGCAGUUAACAAGUGGGGAACCUUCUUUCUAAUUUUCUUGGCUCUCAGCCACUUCCCCUGCAGUGCGACUGUUAACUUUUUCAGUUGGUCAUUAAUUCUUUUUUUUUCUUUUCUCCCAUUGUUUCUCUCACUUUUAAACCUCUGUGUGCUAUACUUACACAGUAUAGCAUAACAUCAAAGCUAGCAGCCUAGUUUAGUAAACAAAACCUUCUUUGCCAAACAUUUGAAUCUCAAUGACUUACUGAUUGUUUCUGUACACCAGCAGCAAUCAGAAUCUAGGCCAAAUCCUCUCAGUUUGCAUUUGCUAUAUUCGGACACACUCUACUUCCCUACCCUACCCUACCCCCAUUUCUCACCCACCCCAACUAUGUCUUCAUUUAUUUUGAACUAACCUAUCCCACCACCCACAUCAACCAAUAAAAUACAAUAACUGAUUUAAAUAAGAACAUCGCUUAGCUAACACACCCCUUCUCCUUUAAUCUAAGAGCAAAACACAUACAUAGUACCCUUUUUAAUUCAAAAUCUUAUAAACAGUACUUUAUAACAAAUAAUAAUACUAGCUCCCUGCCACUAAUUGCCCCCACUACAACAGUGUGUUCCAGUUAUAUACUGCUGCUCUAGUAAUCCUGACAUUAGCUGCCCAUAUUACCUCCUACCACGUCAACCUAAAACAUUCAAUUCACUACUAAAAUACCUCAUUCUCCAAUCCACAAAGAGUUAAAUCCAACAGCAUUAUCAUAUCCUCCUCAGUCUUUAACAUCACAACCAUCCAGCUUGCACACUACACCAUAGUACCUGACCCUAAUCCCCCCAGAAUCUCCCAAAAUACAACAGGUAUUUAGUUAAAACCCUAAAAAAGUUAAUUUAUAUAGCAUCCAAACUAACUCUAAGCAGAGGCAUUCACCCAAACCCUGCCCCAAAGACCAUCCAAAAGCAGACACCCCACAACAUAACCAGUCCCAAUGCCUACUAAAUCACCCUAGAAAUUCAAAUGACCUCUUACUAUUAAACAUCAAUAUUUUAAAUAUUACAAAGUCCAUGAGUGCCAUGCCAGCCCCUGUUUAUACUCACCCAAUAUAGUGCUAAUAACCAAAACAUGGCUAAAACUUGACACUAGCAAUAAUGAAAUCCUACCCCCCUGGAUAUAGUAGCCUAUGGGUGGACAGAAUGGGCAAAAGUGGUGUGGUGUGGCCGUACUAUUUAAAAAUCACCUUAUCCUCGAAAUCUCUAAUCAAAAUGCCCCCAUCUUUGACAAUGCUGAGGUGAUUUUUUUUCCAAACUAGAAAUUAAUUCCAAAAAGUAGGUAAAUAUAAUAGGAACCUACAUACCACCCAGAAACAACCUCUCCACACUAGAAAACAUACUGCAUUGGACCACUAAAACACUACCCCAGGAAACAAUAAUCAUGGGUGAUUUUAAUAUAGAGUGGUUAACCUAUAACUCUCAUAACCCUACUAAUCACAUCAACCUGUAUGGAUUCACCCAAAUUAUUCAAACACCCAUCAGAAUUGACAAGUCAUCUGAUAAACAAUCCAUUCUUGAUUGGAUAUUAACAAAUAGACCAGCCCUCUCCUCACUCUGGCUGUCUCCCAGACCACCUCCCAACAUUCCUGCUCAGGCAUCAUAUAUAAACAUCAAAGCAUGCUACAUACCAUCUAAUUAGGAAUAAAAGAAACUUUGACUCUGAAAAGUUGGCAUCCACCCUCAAACAAUGUAACUGGGCACCUCUUAAAGCAUCUUCCCUAGAGGAUGCUGUCAACUUUUUUAACUCAGCCUUCCUAGAUAGCUUGAAUAUACAAGCACCUCCCAGAUCUCUGAGAAUCAAAUCCAGCUUUGCCCUAUAGCUAAGCAAAGAAACCAGAUCACUACUAAAAUCAAGAGACAAAGCCUGGGAUCUGGAUCAAAAAACUAGGACGCAAGCCACUAACCAAGCCUAUUGGGAACUCAUAAAUAUGCAAAGAGACUAGUCAGUCAAGAUAAAAUAAACUAUUACCAUGAUACCUGAUUUAAAGGAGAACAACAGGAUUCUGUAUUUAAUCCCUGUUUUCCAAUCCCUUUACAAGCAAUGAGCAUUGCAGCAUUUAAAAGCUACGAAUCCAACUGUUUUACUCACAAGUACAGAACCUUAGUGUACUGAGAUAGUUUCAUUUUAAAAAGCAAUUCUCACUCCAUGGCAAAGCUUGCUUGAGUCUCUAAAAUCCUUACAUCAGGACUGCUACAAACUAGCCAUAGUUUGCCAAAUGUUCCCCUCCCCCAAAACCCCCAAACUGAUUCUACAGAAUGCAUGCAUACAUCUGCCUAUUCAGUAAUGUCACUGCUCCCUAGCCCUUCCUAUGGCUAUAAGGUGUUUAAAAGGAUCUUUUUAGUCAGGAACUUCGUCUCUUUGCUGAUGUUGCCUGCAAAUUGUGUUUUGUUAUCAGACUUUAGGAAAACUUAUCUUGGUCUGCUGUGUGCUAAAAGGUAAGAAUUACCAUUAUUUUAUUGAGGUAACUGGUCCUAUGACUUCUACAUGCCUUCUGUAAUGUUGUUCACUUUAUGUAUUGAUAAUUAUCGCUUCUACAAAGUCUGCCACUCAGUGCUUAUAUUUUCUUUUUUCACCCUUUAUUUAAUCUGCUCAGAUCAAUGUUAAUUUAAAUUUACAUUAAAACUUCAUUCU